GCCUUAUUUCCUUUACUUUGUUAAUCUACUCAGACUGAACACAAGCUAAACACUGGGAGAGGGAACAAAGAUGGCCGACUGGAGUUUGUUUGCGCUGACUUUGCUUGUUGGAAUCGGCGUGGUCCAGCUCGACCCUCUAAAAUGCUGCCUGCCAGCCCAGUAUUCUUUGAUCAUGACUGACCUGAAAACUAUUAACACCAACUCCAUAAGUAAUUCAGACUACCAAAUGGACUUUACGAUGAACCUUGCGGCGAUACGGGCGUCCACCCUUGACCCCAUCACAGGUACUUCUGUCAUCAGGUCCAGAUCGGUCUUUGAUUAUAGCAGGGGAAAGAUGUACUACAUACCAGAAAACAGCACACUGUGCUACAUCGUGAAUAUUACUGCCCUACCUACACGAUGUAUUCCAGACGAUGCCCUGUACGUGGACUCCAGUUAUUUCGGUACCUUCCCAACACUUACCUACGAUACCUGGAGGUUCCGCCUGCCUGGGUCUAACAUAACGGUCACGCUUGCAGUAUCAAGUGACAGUUGUGUGCCCGUUGUAGAAGGAACAUCAGAUCCAGCCACCCAAACAGACCAGAUUUUACUCUUUACCACCUACGUGUCAAACAUUAGGUAUCCUUCUUUGUUUGAUUUGCCGGCCAGCUGUGGCCAGUCCGACUGGACAGAUAGGGAGCCUAACAGGCCUUGAGUCGGUACCCAGUCAAUUCUGUGACCAGGUGAAUAUUAUAAACUGGGCAUAUAAGGCUACUUUUAUUGUGUCUCAGUAAUACUCUUAUGUUUUGUAUCGUUUUUAAAUGUUUUUGUCAAAUAAAAUGACAGAAAUAAAUUAUUUUACCCACACA